GACCAUUAAAAAAAAAAUGAAAAAAAAAAAAAUAAUCAACAUUGAUAUUUGCAAAGCAAACUCAAUUGUUCUAAUAAUUAAUCUUUAAUUCAACACAGUUUAUCUAAUGUAUUUAUUAAAAAUAAAUAAGGUGGCAGGAUUAUUGAUAGUUUUAAAGAGUUCAAAAAUAUUUUAAAAUCAUGAACGAGGAAGAGUUAAUUUUAACAGAACCAUCAUAUUUGACAUGUGAAAUAAAUGGUUCACAAUUUAUACUUCAAGAUGGACAAAUUAAAUUUGAUAAUAUUGAUAAUGAAUCAUUGAAUAUUAUUAAAGAAAAUAAUAAAAUUGAUAAUCCGGUAAUUGUUUGUAUUGAGGGUCAAAUGUAUUCUCUUCAAGUAGAAGAACCAAAUGUCGUAACAGAAAAUUUAAAAAGCAAUGAUUCUUUGAUUGAUGAUACGUCAAAUGUAACACUUGAUGUUUUGACAGAGACUAAUGAUGAUGCUGAAUCAACAGAACAUCAAAUAGAACAAAAUAAUUCAACACAAAUUAUUAAUAAUCAUGAAAAAAUAGAUGCAAUGGAUUUUGUUGAAGUUGUAACAGCAUUCAAGUGUAAAAUAUGUCCUUAUACAACUCAAGAUCGUACUGAAUUAUUAUCACAUAUUGAAAAUAUUCAUGCAAAUCCUACACCACAAGUAGAUGAUAAUAAUAUUAAUACACAAAAACAAAAUGAUAAUGUUAAAUUAUUAUACAUGUGUGGUGAAUGUUCAAAUUGUUUUGAAACAAUUGAAAAUUGUCGUCAACACAUGAUUAAUGAUCAUAAAUUAAUGGACAAAAAACUUGAAAAUCAAUUGACAACAACAACAGCAACAGAUAUAAAUAAAACAAUAAAUCAAACAAAUGAUAAAAAUAUUAAUGAAACUGAUAAAUCAAAUGAUAAUAAAAAUAUAAAAUGUCGAAUAAAUGGUUGUAUUUAUAAAUUUAGUACAAAUGAAAUGAUGGAAAAACAUGUUAGUUAUCAUAUUGAAUCAUCACAAAAUAUAUUUAAAUGUACAUUAUGCCAAGAUAUAAAAUUUACAAAAUGGAAAGUAUGUAAUUUACACUUAUGGAAAAAUCAUAAUAUUGAUAUUGAUUUAUUAUCAUGUACAUUAUGUAAUUAUAAAACAAUAUCAACAGUAAAAUUAUUAAAUCAUAAAAAAGUACAUAGUGAUAGACGUGAUUUUAAAUGUCAAGAUUGUGAUAAAUGUUUUAAACAAUCAAAUCAAUUACGUAAUCAUCGUGUUAUACAUCUUGAUAGAAAAUCAAUUGAUUUACCACGUUGGUAUACAUCAAAAACAUGUCAAUUAUGUAAUAAAACAUAUGCUGAUUCAAAAUGUUUAAAAAAUCAUAUGCAAUCAGUACAUCUUAAAUUAAAACCAUAUGUUUGUAAUAUAUGUGGUCAUUCAAGUGCUAGAAAAGCCAUGUUACAAAUGCAUAAACGUCAACAUACUGGUGACAAACCAUUUAAUUGUGAUAUAUGUGAUUAUAAAACUGGUGAUCAUAAUUCAUUGAGAAGACAUAUUAUGAGACAUACUGGUUAUCGUGAUUAUCAUUGUCCACAUUGUUCAUAUUCAGCAAUACAAAGUAGUAGUUAUAAAAAUCAUUUACGUUCAAAACAUCCUGAUUUAUCUGGUAUAUUUGUAUGUAAUAAAUGUCCAUUUAAAACUGUUAGAAAUGAUACAUUUAUUGAACAUAUUAAUGAACAUAAAAAAACUGAUAAUAAUAAUAAAACUGUCAACAGUAGCACAGAUGCUGUUGAUACUGUUGAUACUGUUGAUACUGUUGAUACUGUUGAUAAUAAUUUUAAAGUAUUUGAAGGAAAUAUUGCUGCAGCUAAACUUGUUUAUAGUUAUUUUGGUGCCACAAGUGAUGUUGAAAAAACAAGUUUAAUGUCAUCAUCAACAUCUGCUGAUGGUACUUCACAAACAAUAACUAUUAAAAUACCAUCUAAAAAUAAGGACAGCUCAUCAACAUCAUUAUUAAAUAAUCAAAAUGAUGAUGAAGAUGAUGAAACAAUGGAUUAUUAUUUAAAAACUGGACACGAUGAAGAAGAAAAUAUUGAUACUGGUGGAAUAACUAUUCCAGCUGAUCCUGAUGAUGACUACAUCAUGCUAAAUAUUGAAUCUUAAUUUUGUAUUUUUUUAAUUUAUUAAUCAAGCAAUUCAAUUUUUAUUUUUAUAUAUCACUUGGUUUAUUAUAUGUGAAAACCUAGUCACUCUGUUGUUUGAAAAAAUCAUAUAAUUUUCAUUAUAACAGUUAUAGAUUUAGAAAAAAAAACAAAACAAUAUUUAAUCGUAUGUAAAUAUUACGUGUAUAGUUGAAAUUUAUUAUUAAAAAAAAAGGGCUUUUAUAGUUGAUAAGUAUAAUUAAAGUACAUUUUUUUUUUUUUUUUGGUUUUGGAUACACUUUAUUGACAAGAACAUCAUAAAACCAACAAAAAGAAAAUUAAACAUUUCAUUAUCUGUUUGUGUCUCUCUCUCUUUUGUACAAUUGAACAUUUUUUUUUUUAUUAUAAGAAAUAAAAAAGUAAAUUAAAUUA